UUCACCGUUGGAAAUGUUGGCCGGACUUGGAAAUAAUAUUAUAUUUAAAAUGCCUAUCUUAUAGUGUCACUUUGUAAUCGCUGGCUGUGUCAUGAAAUUUCAUUUACUAAUUUAUUUAAUGCGGUUCUUCCUUAAGCUGGUCUCUCUCUGCGUCGGCAAGCAUUCCUCUCAAUCAAAUUAUUUCUUCUUCUCCCCUUGCAGACCAAAUCUAUCAGCUCCAUUUCCAUAUACCAUUCUCUACCUUUCCCCACUUUUUUAUACGCCAUAUUUUUAAAAUUUACUUGAGAAAAACUUAUUAUUUGGGCAUAGAAAACCAUGAAGAAGUACUAUAUUUUCUGGUUUCUUAUCUUGGUCUGCAUAAAAUCAAGCUCUGCUCAGCAAUAUUAUGACCCAUCAGAUUGUGUAUCAAAUACAAACAAUUCAGGUUCAAAAUAUACUUGUAGUUCAUCAUCCCAAAGUUCAUGCAAAACCUUCUUAGUCUACAGAGCCAGUCAACAUUUCCAGACUAUUUCUAAUGUCUCAGACUUGUUCAAUGUGAAAUUUGAUGUGCUACUUCAAUUGAACAAUCUAACAAACAAGUCUGAGGCAUUAACAGCAGGUAGAGAAAUUCUUGUACCCAUUACAUGUUCUUGCUCAGGACAAUUUUUUAAGGCAAAUUUUAGGUACACAGUGUCUGGAAUCACAUCCUUCUCAGAGAUUGCUUGUGGGGUUUUUGAAGGGCUAUUGAAACUUUCCACUUUCACUGAGGAAAACCCAUUUGGAGGAGAAAACAAUCUCAAAACUGGUUAUAAGCUUCAAGUGCCUCUGAAAUGUGCUUGCCCUGAAAAUUCCACCAUUAGUAAGGGAAUAAAGUACCUUGUUACAUACCCAAUUGCAAAAGGAGAUGAAAUAAAUUCUCUGAGCAAGAAAUUUGACAUCCCUGCAGAAGAAUUAUGGGAAAUGAAUCAUUUAGAACCUUGGCCAACGGUUUUUCCUGGGACUACUUUCCUAGUUCCACUUAGAAAUCCGAAGGUCGUAAACUUUAAUAUCCCAAAUUCUCCACCUCCAAGUCCUGAUUUUCUUCCAACAAUUCCUGUUCAAAAACCAGCAAAUAACACAAAGCUGAAAAGGAAUAAAUACAUAGCAGGUUUUGCUGUUGGGUUUUCUCUUCUACUUGUAGCACUACUUUCAUGUGGGUUGUUCAUAAAAGCUUUGAAGAAAUGGAAGGUGGAAAAGUACCAGCAUUUCACUGCUAGAAGCUCUCCGAUCUCUUGUUCACCUGCCAGAAGCUCUCCUAGAUUCCAAACAGGCGGAUUGAGCCCCACAAACUCGUCUUUAUCUCCGGAUCUUCUUGCUGGGAUAAAAUUCUCUUUGUUUAACUACAGCAUAGAAGAGAUCAAGAAAGCAACAGGGGAUUUCAGUUGGCCGAACAAGAUCGGCAAUGAAGUAUAUGAGGGAUUGAUGAUGGAUAACGAUAAAGUAAUUAUCAAACGGAUGAGAUUCGAAGACACUCGCCAGGUGAUCGAUAUACACUCCAAGAUCAACCACAUCAAUAUAGUGAAACUACGUGGUGUUUGUUACGGAGAAAAGGACUUUUCCUGGUCUUACUUAGUGUUUGAGUUCCCUGGAAAAUGCUUGAGGGAUAGCCUAUCUGAUCCGUCCGAUUGUCAUCUAAGUUGGGAUCAGAGGUCACAGAUUGCUUUUGACAUUGCAACUGGUCUUCACUACUUGCACUGCUAUACUUUCCCUUCAUAUGCUCACAUGAGGGUGAAUACAAGAAACAUCUUUGUGACAUCAAAUUGCAGAGCAAAACUUGGAAAUAUUGGAGCAACCCCGGCCGUUGGAUUUUCAUCAAAAGAAAAUUAUAGAAAUAAUAGAAGUUUUAGAGGAUGGGUUGCACCUGAGUACAUUAUACAUAGCUCAGUUUCUGAAAAGGUAGACAUUUUUGCAUUUGGAGUUGUGCUGCUUGAGCUUAUAUCAGGAAAGGAAGACAGUGAUGGAAAGCUAUUCAAAGAAUCAAUCAGAUUCUUAGGAGGUAGAGCAAGUGAAGGAGGUUGUUUCGAGCAGCUGAAAAGUUUCAUGGACCCAAAUUUGAAAGAGGAUUAUUCUCUUGCAGAAGCUUUAUGUUUAGCCGUUCUAGCAAAGGCUUGUGUGGAAGAUGAACCUCUGCAUAGACCAUCUAUGGAUGACAUUAUCAAAGUGCUUGCCAGAAUGGUAUGAAUAUGAAUUAGAUGAUGAAGAAACAUCAUCAGAUUUGGUUUUCUAAUUGUAAUGAACCAGUACUGGACUGAUUACAAUUUCUCUGAGAUAAAGGAACCAUGUUUGUUUUUAUUUAUUUUAUUUUAUUUUUUUAGUUUUGCCAUAAGUCGUUGAAAAGUAAUCAAAUUUAUGAA